UCCUCAGGCUUUGUUAGCUUUGCCAACAGCCCUCUUGUUACAGAGACAUCCUGGAGAGCUGUGGGCAAACUCACAGCACUUUCACUGAUCAGAGAGAGAGAGAGAGAGAGAGCGAAAGAGAGAGAGAGAGAGAGAGAGAGAGAGAGAGAGAGAGAGAGAGAGAGAGAGAGAGAGAGAGAGAGAGGGGGGGGGGAUGACUUGAGAGGGUAGGUUUCACCACGGAUAACGAUGACUUUGUGGCAGUAUGCGGUGGGAGGAUAAGUAACUUUGUCCCGAAGGUUGGAUCUACGUUGAGGAUGAAGAGGUGAACCAUGAAGCUGCAGAACGGCCAGCUGGUUCACUGUGAGGACACCGGCUCUUGUGCGCAGCGGGCCCUUGGGGCCAUGACCCGGGCAGAGCAGGGCCCCCAGACGGGGGCCCCUCGGGGAGCCGAGCCCGCAGAGCCCUCCCCAGCUGAGCUGGUUCAGUGCCAAGAGGACAUGGGCUCCUUGCUCAGCUCCAUCGCCGAGCUCAACGUGAAGAUUGGGAGACUGAAGGCGCCCAGCGAACCAGAGGACUUUAAACCCUCCAGAGUAUCCCAACCCGUGCUUCAAGGCUUGUGGCACCACAGGCUUCUCACUGGAGGCCAAGAGAGGCCCCCAGCCCCAGGCUCUGACCGAGGCCCCCCUAACCCGGAGGGCAGACGUGAGUUAUGGCCCAAACUACAGAAGGCUCUUACGGCUGUGGAGAGGUCCGUCAAUACCAGGCGCAAAUGGGCCAUUCUCACCACUGCUACGGAUCUGGUCAGACAGACAGAACACCUCGUAGCAGCUGAAACAAUCACAGCGUCAGCGACACAGAUUCUGGAGGAGAUACAAAGAGAGUUGGGGAUUUCGUUUCCUCCAGCAAUGCCAAAUAUAGAACGUCCACAAUGCCGUAUCCACAGCAGCUUGGGGGCGGAGACGCAGGCGCCCCCCCCACCCCCCCCCAGCCCCAUCCCUCUGAUGGGAGAGAUGGGCAGCCUGCGGAGGAAGCUGGAGGGUCUGCAGAAGGCCUGGAGCUCCAGGAGUCCCUCCCCUCUCUACAGCCCUCCCGGGGCCUCCCCGUGUGGGCCUCGGAGCCCCAGGCUGACCUCGCCGCCUCCCUGCCCCGGCUCCCCCCUGCUCCUCAGGAGGCCGCUGCGAGCCUUCACAGCUCCUCUCUCCACGCUCAGGGACACCUCCCCCCCCGGCUCCCCCCGGCCUGCCAGGACCCCGGGGGUCUGCAGCGCGUCACCGGCCCCCAACUCAGCCAGCAGCCACGAGAGCGAGACAGAACGGUUGCAGAGGUACGUCAAGCGGCUGCGGGCGAGGAACCGGCGCCUGAGCUCCGCUCUGGAGCGGCGGACGGCCGAGCCGCCGCAGGGGGACCGGCCCACCCUGCAGAUGGCCCUGGCAUACUGCCAGGAAUGUGAAGAAGCUUAUAGCGAACUACUGUCCCUGUAUGAGUUGAACAAACAACAAGGCGUUGAGGUCUGCCAGUUCCCAUCAUCAGGCCCCGCUGGGGACCUGCAGCAGUCUAGUAGUCCGCCACACCGCUUCAGGUUCCCCGAGGCCCAUCAGCUGUCCACUUCCUUCUCCACAGCAGGGGGCGCUGUGGGGGGCGACGGUUGGACUCUAGCUGAGCAGAGGGCCGCUUCCGUCGGGCGGGAGGCCGCUCUCCGGCUGCACAUCCAGGGUCUGACCGCCGCGCGGCCCCUGAGGACUGGAGGAGAAAGGCCCCUGGUCCCCGCCCCCGGGCUGGCCCCAGACCCGGGCCCCGCUACAUAUGGGCUGGAGCUGCAGGAGGAUGAGCGGGCGAGGGGUACAGAGAAGAGUCUGCCGUUCGAGGAACCUUUCACCGUCGGGGAGGAGAUGGCCGAGCGGUCGGCUGAGACCCACCUGGCAGAGGAGGAGCUGAGGUGCCUGGACUGGGCUCUGCAGGCCCUGAAGGCCCAGGAUUCUCCCCCCGGCCCCCCUCUGGCACCGCACCCCCAGAGCCCCGGAGUGGGGCUGCUGCACCGCGCUGAACCCCAGUCACUUCCUGAAGCAGAAGACAAUGGGAACACCUCUCGUUCUCAGAAGAAAGACAAUCUGGAAGAGCUCCACGUUAUAUUUCAAAGAGAUCAAGGUUUGAAGAAGAGACUGUCCCUCGUUCGGGAGUCCUUGGCCACAGCUCUCCGGGACAGCGCCCCCCGCAGACGGGACAGCGAUGACCCCACAAGCCGGAAAGCAGCGAGCGCUCACAGGAGCAGCCGGAGGAGGUACCAGGAGCAGGUAUGGAGGCUGGAGCAGAAGGUGGCAGCCAUGUCCCAGAGCCAUCUGAGUCAGAUAGCCGGCCUGAAAGCCACCGUGGAGGCCCUGGAGGGGAGGCAGGAAGAGACGGCUCUGUGACCGUACCCAACACCUUUAACCUUUAUUAGAUCGGCCCUGUGUUAUACCCUAACCCUACCCCUUUAACCUUUAUUAGAUCGGCCCUGUGUUAUACCCUAACCCUACACCUUUAACCUUUAUUAGAUCGGCCCUGUGUUAUACCCUAACCCAACACCUUUAACCUUUAUUAGAUCGGCCCUGUGUUAUACCCUAACCCUACACCUUUAACCUUUAUUAGAUCGGCCCUGUGUUAUACCCUAACCCUACACCUUUAACCUUUAUUAGAUCGGCCCUGUGUUAUACCCUAACCCAACACCUUUAACCUUUAUUAGAUCGGCCCUGUGUUAUACCCUAACCCCAACACCUCAACGGACAUUAGAACCUGUGUUACAUCAUAACCCCCACACCAUAAAGGACAUUAGAACCUGUGUUAUAUCUCUCUGGGCAGAAUAAUGUUGGUAUUGUUUUGUUUGAGGAUCAAAUCUGUGGUCUUCCCGCCAGAAGGUGAAAGUAAAGCAAAUUAGACUGAAAAACAAAA